GCCAAAGGCGAGAGGCGAGGCGAGGCGAAGGUUCAUCGCCAUUAUCAGGCGAGGCGAGGCGAGGCGAGGAUAAUAAGGCGACCCAUGGCGAGCUGUGGCGCUGAAAAGGCGAGAUAAAAGGCGGCGCCUUUUUGAUUAAAAAAAUUUGAUUUAAUAAAAUUAGUCAAAAUUAGGGUUUUUUUUUACUCUCUCUCUCGCGAUCGAUCGACUCUCUCUUCUUCUCCAUCGCGACUCUUCUCCCUCGCUGUCGCCAGCUUCUCCUUCUCCCUCGCUCUCCCUCGCAGCCUCGCUGUCGCCUUCAGCUUCUCCUUCUCCCUCGCCGACGACCCUCGUGAGUCGCAACUCUAGUUCCCUCCGACUUCCGACCCUCGCGACUCUCACUCUCUGUUUUCAGGUAAUGUUUUCUGAUUUCUGUUCUUCUUCUUCAAAUUUUUCUGUUCUUCUUCUUCAUUUUUCUGUUCUUCUUCUUCAUUUUUUUUUUCAGUUACUGUUCUUCACUUCUUCUGAUUUCUGUUCUUUUUGUUUACACUUUACAGCAGUCUGUAAAGUGUAAAUUUUUUUUAAAAAAUUAUUUUCCUAAUUAUUUAUUCCAAUAUUUCUAACAGCGAAUUAAUUGAAUUUAAUAAUCAAUGGCGGAUGCUAGCAAAAAGAGGGACAUUGGAUGGAAUUAUGGCACUCAAGGAGCGACGAAAGAUUCGGUCAAUUGUAACUUUUGUGGGAUUACUUUCAAUGGUGGAAUAACUAGACACAAACAACAUUUAGUGGGUGGUUUCAAAAAUGUUAAACAAUGUGUCGCUUGUCCGUCGGAAAUUAGAGAAGAAAUAAGGGCUUAUAUGCAAAACAAAAUAGCUAAUAAUCCCAAAUUUCAAAUGAGGCAACCGGAAGAAUUUGUUGAUAUUGAUGAUCUUGAUGUUGAUGAAAUGGAUGAUUAUGCGGAAAUGAGGCCUCCCUCCAAAACUCAAAAGAUAUCUUCUAGUGGAGGUUCAUCCACCGCACGGAGUGUGACGAAAGGACCUUUGAACCUCUAUUUUUCACAAAAAUCAACACAAAAAGGAGGCUUAGAAAAAGGAGGAGGAAUCGAAGAAACAAAGAAAAUUCUAAGAGAGCGUGCGGUAAGUGCUUUUGCAAUUUGGAUGUAUGAUGCCGGGCUCCCUUUUAAUUGCGUCAAUCACAAAUCAUUCGAUAAAUUUAUUGAGGCGGUUGGACAACAUGGCCCCGGAAUGAAGCCUCCUACAUUCCAUGAAGUUAGAGUCACUCACCUUAAAAAAGAGGUGGAUAAAGUAGAAAAAAUUGUUGAGGAGCAUAAAGUGCAAUGGACAAAGUUUGGUUGUUCCAUUAUGAUGGACAAAUGGACGGCACGAAAUGGCAAAAUGAUCAUCAAUAUUUUGGUGAAUUCUCCAAUCGGUAGUGUAUUUCUUGGUUCGGUUGAUGCUAGCAAUGAAUCUACCGAUUCCACCAAAAUGUACAAGUUAUUUGAAAGCACUAUCGAAAGAAUUGGACCGGAAAAUGUGGUACAAAUUGUCACCGAUAAUGCUAGUGAGAAUGUCAAAGCGGGAAGUAUGAUGAUGGGUGCGUAUCCACACAUUUAUUGGACUCCAUGUGCCGCUCAUUGCAUCAACUUGAUAUUUGGUGACAUAUUCAAGGUUAAGCCAUAUGCUUCCGUUUUUAAGAAGGCCAUCAGAAUCCAUUCUUACAUUAGUCAAAGGCCAUUGUUGUUAAACUUGAUGAGAAAAUUCACCAAAGAAAGAAAUUUGGUGAAACCGGCCAAGACAAGAUUUGCAACGGCAUUCUUAACUUUGAGAGCUAUGUACAUUCAAAGAAAAAACUUGAAAACUUUAGUCCUCUCAACCGAAUGGAAUUCAAGCAAAUUUGCAAAGGAAACUUCGGGGAAAGAAGUUGCCAAUCUUCUUAUUUCUAUCCACUUUUGGAAUGAUGUUGUUCGGGCACUUACAGUUUGUAGCCCUUUGACAAAAGUGCUUCGUUUGGUGGAUGGGGAGAAAAAACCACCAAUGGGUUAUAUUUAUGAGGCAAUGGAUAGAGCCAAAGAAGCUAUUGCACAUGGUUUUCGUGGAGUUCAGAAGCAUUAUGAGAAAGUGUUUCAAAUUAUUGAUGCAAGGUGGUCAGAACAACUCCAUCGGCCUUUGCAUGCUGCAGGCCAUGUUUUGAACCCAGGAUUAUAUUAUAAAGCUGAAGAAGAGGGAACUUUAUUACAGAGUUUGUGGACCGAGUAUUAUGCAUGUGUUGAGAAGUUGGUCCGUGAUACAACAAUACAAGAUGCACUAAUCGCUGAGCUUCCUAAGUACAAAAUGGCGGAUGGACUAUUUGGUUGUGGUCCGGCUAAAAGAGCUAGAGACACAAGGUCACCGGUUGAAUGGUGGUCACUAUUUGGUAGUGAAACACCAAACUUGCAAAAGUUUGCCAUGAAAGUGUUAAGCCUAACUUGUAGCUCAUCUGGAUGUGAGCGAAAUUGGAGUGUGUUUGAACACAUUCAUUCCAAAAAGAGGAAUAGGCUUACACUAUCGCGUCUCAAUGAUCUAGUGUACAUUAAGUACAAUAGAACAUUGAAACGCCGUUAUGAUGCUCGUGAUCUUAUUGAUCCAAUUCGCUUGGAUAACAUAGAUGAUUCCAACGAAUGGUUAGUUGGAUGCCCCGAAGAUCAAGAUGAUGAACUAGUAUAUGAGGAUGAUGAUCUUACUUGGGGUAGUGUUGCUACGGCAAUUGGAGCGGACGAGAGUAUCUAUCAUCUUAGGGGACUUUCUUCAAGAUCAACAGUACUUGACAAGGGCAAAGGAGUAGAAAGUACAUCUUUAAGUUCAUCUUCAAGUAGGACUCGGACACUAAUUGAUGAAGAAUACGAGGAGGAAGAAGAUGAAGAGCAAUAUAAUGAUGUAGAAGAUUUUGAUCUUCAAGAGUUGGAUAAUUUUGAAGAAGAAUAGACUUUUAAAGUUUUGGUUUAUUGUAUUUUGAAUUGUUUGGUCUUUAAAGUUUUAGACAUUCUAUUGGUUUUUGAA